AAUUACAGACAGUGUCUCUACAAGAUUGGCAGAAGGGUUACCUGCAUGUAUAGUGUGUGUCGAUGCCGAUGGAUAACGGUCAAAAUGUACGCCUCUGUCUAACGUUUUAGCACCACGAGCUGAGACAAACGACCCGGAAAUGAAGGCACACCAUAAUGAAGAUAGUGGCUGGAGCUGAAGGGACUUACUAACCACCCUGAAGAUAAACAUGUCAACAAACAUGUCAACGGACACUGUAACACGCCUCAUACCUGAGGAAGACUUGAUUGAUGGAUUGUUUUACAAGUGUGAUGUCAACAAAAAUGGAAGGGUGUGUGUGUCUAGACUGAUCAGAUAUCUUACUUCAACAGCUGGUCAAGACAAACAGUCCCUAGCUGCGAUAGAAAACCUGUCUGAGAUGUUGGAUCCACAUGCUUCAGAUGUAGCUAUUGAUCUGCUCACUUAUCGUAAGUGCAUCAACAAGUGGAUUCAACAAGUCCGGCAGAGUAACAGUGGAAGCAGCGUCUCCGAAGAACUCAUGCCUCGGAAUCCCCUAAGGAGACAAAAGAGCAGUUUGUUCUAUCCAGACAACCAUUUUCCAUCAUUCCUCAGUCAAGACAAUGAUUCAAGCCAAUUGGAAGAUGCAAAUAUGUCAGCUUCAGUACUGGAUGCAUCUUCUCUUGAUACAAGUACAAGGCAUUUUGAAAGCGAGAUCAGCGAGCUGACAAGUCGAGUGGGAGACCUGCAGCACCAGAACCGGGAAGCUGGUUGAGGACAAUGCCAAGCUACAGCUGCAGCUGGAGGCCCAGGAGGAGAGCAUGAACACCAUGAACCAAGACCAUGUCAUCACCAAGAAGAAAAUAAAGAGCCUACAAGAACUGGUUGACCUCCGCUCAGAGACACAGGAGGAAAAUGAAGAACUGAAAAUGACCCUAACUAAGUACCAAGACAAGAGGAAGGAGCUAGAAAACAGGCUGAAUCAGGUGGAAAGGGAAAAUACAAGUUUACAGGCACAAAUAACAGACUAUGAGAGCAAGGUACAGAUCUUACUGUCUGAACUGGAAAAUGCUAACAUUCAACAGAAAUCUCUUCAAUCAACUCUAAUAGAACAAAAACAACUUUUAAAGAAACUAGCAGAGGAGAGAACAAUGCAUGAAGUAACACUGUCUGAAAAACAAACGCAAAUUCAAGAUCUAAAGAUUUGUGUGGAUGAGCUCAAUAAAAUGAAUGAGGAAUUGAAAUAUGAACACGAUGAUCUACAAAUGCAGCUGAUACAAGCUCAUCAGGAAAUAACCAAUUACCACAUGAAGGAAGAUAUGCCAAACAUGUCUAGCUCCUCUGGGUGCGUCGAUGACCUGGAGGUUGAGGGAGAGGUGCUGGAGGAAGAACCUGCUUCAUCACACCAGUCUACUGCACACAGCACCCCUGUCAAACAGACAUCUAUACAUAAUGAGAUCAAGGAAAUGCUUGAAGAAUCUCUACACCUGCCCUCCCCAUUGAGUGACAAGGAACUUCAGGAGAGCAUCCUGGCUCGGUCCUUCUCUUCUGGGGCAGAGUCCUGGACAACAGAGGACCUCAUAGACCUCGAGGUUGCUUCCUUCAUGCCUGCAAAUGGAGAUAAUGACAUCAAAACACUGGAUGGUGUAAAACUGGUUGAGAAAUUCAAGGAACAACAAGAUACAUUUACACAGCAAAUCAAUGAAGUGAUCAGUGCAGUGGAGGCAAACCCAGACAGGGGAGGCUACUCUAGACAACUCUUCACUGACAGUGAUGGAGAGGAUCAAGAUCUUUCCCCAAAUGGAAUGUCAAAUGAUGAAAAUGACCAACCAGAGAGAAGGUUCCAAAGGUUGAUGCUAGUUUUGCAAAAGCUUCAAGGCGAAAAUGAGCGCCUAAAACGGCUCCAUGAUGAGGCAGUGGAGAGCGUGUCCAACUGGGAGAUGACCGCGGACAGUACACUGGACAACAGGCUUACUGUGCUGCGGGAUGUUCUGCUGGAGGAGAGGGCCCUGAAAAAACAGUAUCAGCGAGAGGUUCAGUCCCUGAGGAGUGUGGUAAAUGAGACUCGGAGACAAUUAAAAGAUAAAGAAGAGCUGACACAGCAACUUCAGCAGCAAGAAGUGGACCUAGUGGCACAAAUGACCCUGCUGAAAAAGACCAAUCUAGAUUUAGCUGAGAAAUGUCAUAAAUCUGAAUUAAGGGCCUCCGACUUACAAGAUGACAUAUUACAGUCCACUCUCAGUUUUGAAAGGGAAAAGCAAAGGAACAAUGAUCUUGAGGAAACACUAGCUGGCACCAAGCUGGCCCGGCAGCUGGACCUGCGAGACAUAUGGAGGCUCGUACAGAAGGAUGUGGAAACUGAAUUUAUGGACGAUCAGAAGGAUAGCCCGCUGUCCAGUUCCACAGACCUGUUGAAGGAGCAGAUCUCCAAAGAGAUUGAGACCCUGAAAGACAAGCUGGUGAAGCGCCAAGUGGCCCUGGGAGCUUUGAAGGGCAAGCCUAUGAAGCUGAAGCUGGACUCAUCGGGCAACUAUUGUGAACACAUGGACACCUCUCCAAGCUCCCCACUUGUUGAUGCACUGACCAUUGACUUCUUCAAUGGCAACUACCCAACCACCAGACCCAACAAGCGUGCAAGCACACUCUCAGCCCUGAACCAGUACUCCUCCCUAGACAGAGACAGUUGUGCCGUGUGCCAGAAGAACAGCAAUGCUCCAUCUCACCACACCCUGUCCUGCCCUUCUCUCCAUCAACGCCACUGCUACCACGACCCUGAGAGUCACAACAACUUCUACACCAACCUCAACACCUCCAGCAGCUCCAGCACCAGCGGUGUGGAUGUCAGUCCAAGAUGUUCCCGAAGUGUGGAUGGACAGAACAGAAGGAGAGACUUCAUCCGGAGUUCUAUCAGAUAUGGCAGUGGCAGUCAGACGUCUGCUGAAAGCAACGCAAACUCUGACUCCUCCUACCACAGGCAGCAUAAAUAUUCCCGUAGUGUAGGAGACAGGAUGCAUAAGAAGGAAACUGUCCAUGUCAGGGUUCAAAGUCCAGCAGGAUUCAGAAGACCCAGCUUUACAAAUGCCAUCGAAAAUAGGAAAGACGCAAAUGACAACAAUGUGUCCCAGUUUACCCGAAGUCGAAGCUUGAGUUUCCAGGCUGCCAUUGAACGUGGACGAAGGAGCCCGGUUGAUGAAGUGGACUUUCUUUCAACCAGUCCAGAUUCCACUCCAGACAGACCAGAGUACCCUCAGUAUGUCCAGCAGGACAUGGCCUCAGCCUCCUCCAGGAAUGAUGGCAAGUCUGUCAGCUUCCACCUCUCCACAGAGGAGUACUUUGACAGUUGCAGUGAGCUCCCCCGCCCACGACCCGGAUCCAAGUCAGCAAGGAAGCUGUCAACUCUGAUUGAGGAGGAGUCAGAUCUCUCUGAGGCCCUGAGUGAUAAGAUGGGCACACCCAAACUGAUCAAACGCAUUGUAGAUGAGUAUGCCACGCCCACCAAGAACAGGUUUUGUGCCCAGAUGUCUGAAUCAGAUAACUUUGUCUCCUUUGAUCACACCAGAGAUUAUGACAAGAGUUCCACACCAAAACCUGGGAGACAGAGACUCAAGUCAAAGGAGACGAAGCCGGAGAGAGAAGCCAAGAAAACAAGAAAACUAGUCAAGCUCAACGGGGACUUCUGCGCAGACUACAAGGACCUUUCGGCCGACAUCGUCCUGAUGGAGGAGAGAUGA